AUGCCCCUCCUCCACGCGGGCUCCGCCCUGCUGAUAUUGCUUCUGAUACUGCCCCAAGUCCACGCCUUUGGAGCUGGAAAUAUUGCCUCUAUCUCCGCCGUCGAAGGCAAGAACUGGCGCCAUGGUGAUAUCGAAGAUGUUCUCAAGACACUGGCUUUCAUCUCCGGUCACAAAUGGACUUCCACCAUGGUCAAGCGCGUAUAUUUUGGCAACUGGUUGCGGGAUUACUCGCAGGCAAUGGACGUUGGAACACUUAAAAAUCUGCAGGCCGAUACCAUCCGUGUUUUGGUGUGGGUCCUCUCGUUCCUGAGCUUCGGCUAUGCCACGGGUGAAUUCGAGGUGACUCCGGAUCGCCUAGGCGUUUACCGCCCCGAGGAACAUAUCGAUAACCCUAAGGACUAUGCCGACAACGAAGAUGCCCGCCAAUAUGAUAAGCGGUUGCGCCCACCCGUUCGUGCCAUCGAGCUCGAAAUCGACCCGAGCACCGGUAUGAAGAACUAUAUCGCCAAUGAAAGAGGCGAUUGGGCCACCAGUACUGGCUUUAUCAAGUUCAGUCUUAGCCGCAGUAUCCACUAUGGACGGACCUACACCAAUGGCGGACAUAAGAAGGGCAACGAAGAGGACCUGUGCGAAGCACUCCGGUGUCUAGGUCAGGGACUACACACGCUGGAGGAUUUCGCCGCGCACACCAACUAUGUUGAACUGGCGUUGCGUGAGAUGGGUUUCAAGAACGUGUUCCCGCAUACGGGUACUGCCACCCAGAUCAACCUUCAAGGACAUCGCGUUUUCCCGCUUAUAACGGGAACCUUUGGUAUGGUUGAUUUCUUCCACUCCGUGAUGGGAGAGGCAAACGACCAUUUUACUCAAUCCGAGGUUAACGAGAUGGAUCUUGCGCUCGGCAAUGCCGAAGCGAAUGCGCAGUCGAACAACUCCCUUGGUGCCUUGACUGGGCUCUUGGGUAAGAUCCCUGGUACUAGGGAGCUCGUCAGCGAGGCCGAGGGCCUCAAGAGGUCUUCGGCGGAGCAAGAAAUGGCCAACCGGAGUCGUAGUGCCGGGACUGGCUAUGCGCAGUCUGCUUCCAAUAGCCACGAGCGGUCCCGUGCGGAGCCAGCUCAGUCUUCGGGUGGCUCGAAGCCUGGUGCUGGGCUUGACGGCAUGCCCGAUUUCAACCCCCAGGAGACAGUAGCCAAGAUCUAUCCCAUCCUAGCCUUCCGAGAUAAGGUGGUGCGAAAAUUAAACUCAAUCAUUGAAAAAAUCCCAGGCUUGGAGUCACUCGUCGAGAAGAUCUCCGAAACUCUGACCGUUUUCAUCAUGUCGCUACUAGCACCUUUCGUUCGACCUCUGAUCAAGGCUGCUUCCAAGUCCAUUCAAACUGGAUCAGCAGGUGUCAUUGAUGCCUCUGGCAAACACCAGUACGAACCAUGGACCGAUCCUCACUGCACAGACCCCACCCACUCCUUGCUAUCCAAGGACCACUUCGCCAACAUUUUGAAUGAGCCCGCCGGACGAGUAGCCUCCUCAAUCGUCGAGUACGUCGCACCUCGCAUCCUGUACGCUUGGCAACACAUCGAUGUCUCCGAGGACGAAGUCCUCAAUGACUGCAUGCAAGUAUUCCACCACCCAGCGUUGCGCAACAUGCGCAACGAUGCCCACCGCGCAAUGUUCGAGGCCGUCGAGAAAUGGGCCCAUGGCCGCUCAGACCGCGGCGCUUCGCUUGACUCCAUCCUGAGCUCGGAGGGUGUGAGAUCCGGUCGUAACACCGGUGGAGUGAGCCACACACACAGUGGUGGUCAUGGUGGAUUCGCAGCAUUGGGCGGUGCCUCGCACGGCCAAAGCCAGAGUCAUAGCCAAAGCCAGAGCCACGGACACAAUAACAAUGGCGGACAUUCAUCCGGUGGAUUCUCCUCAUUCCUGCCCCAACAAAACCAGCAACAAUCGAACAACAGCUCCUCCGGCAUGCCCUGGGACAAGCUCUCUGGCAUCCCCGGCUUGUCGAACUUGGGUAAACUCGAGAGUAAAUUCUCCAACUUCCUCCCCGGUGGCUUAUCACGCGAUGCAAACGACGAAGGAGCCCAGCAUAGCUCAUACCAGAGCCACCAGGCAGGGGGGUGUGUAUGA